UUUUAUAUUUGCGAUGCAAUAAAUAAGGUUCAAAACAGUGCAAACAAUGAGGUUUCCCUCCAAAAAAUUAAAUUUGCAAAUAAAAAAUUUUGGAUCACAUUUUAUUAAAAGUGAGGCAGGUUUCAAAAUUAUUGGUGCAUAAGACUUUUCGUGCAUGGUUUAUCUGAGUAUCACUUAACAGCUUAUUGUUCAACAGCUUUUGGGCAUAAAAUGUUGUAAAUGAUUGUGCAGAGUUCUGUUUUCUUACGCUCAAUAUAGUGUUCUAUAUCGGAGGCAAAAUAUAUUUUUUAUCCUUCAUCAAUUGCGAAAGAAAUACUUGCUUUUUGGAAGGAAAAAAUUGGAGUUACGUAAAUUUUAAAAUGUUCAUAUGUUCUAAUGUGGCCCAUUUUUUAUGCAUGUGAUUAAACUGUCACACUGUAAAUGCUAAGCACACACUUCUCAAGAAUUGGUAAAUACCGGAAAAAAGUUUAUAAUUGGCAAACCAGGGGCAGUAAUACUUCAACCUUCUACUGGAUAUAUAAACCAGGGGCAGUAAUACUUCAACCUUCUACCGGACAUAAAGAGUUGGAUCCGGGUCUGGUCAACUCAAAUCUUGUUCUUACAAUCUACAUAGUCCUCACCAUGAAGGAUAGAAAAAUAUUCCUAGAGGAGACCACAAGUUUUGGUCUUGAGCAAGGCAACCUGGUGUGGAAGUACCUGAAGUUCUUAAUUUUGAUCCUUCUUGUGCCGGUCAGCGUAGACAAGCAGACAAAAUCCUUCAACUUCAGGAUUUUGUCUCUACGAGCUGGAUUUAGUCUGAUCUUAUGGUCUUUCCUGGGAAUAGGUCUGUAUUAUCCCUACUACUACCAUGUUUUUACAUCUGAAAUUCCCUUUGAUGAUGUUCUGGCAGAAGCUGUUUGGAGACUCUUGAAAGCAUCUUGUGUUAUCCUUCUCCCAGGAACUUUAGGUUUCCUCUUCAGGAAUAUCCAAUCAAUCAAUAAUGAAAAUGAAUUGCAUAUUUCACGAAACUCUGAGGUACUUGCUCUGGUUGUUCUAAGUGUUUUUGACAAAUUACUGGGAGUAGCAGAUUACUUUUCUCAGCCAACGCACUUGAGACUAGAUGUAUGGAUGACUUCAUUAUUAGGAGAUAUAUUCUAUGACUUUAUUAUCAUUAAUUCAGGGAUUGGAAUAUGCUUAUUUAUUAUGCAAAUGCGCAAGUGUUCUUGUGUGUAACUUGUUAAUAAAGUUUACAGAA